AUUCAAGGACCUUGACUGGCGCUGCUGAAGCCUGGAGUGUGCGUGAUUCAGCAGCACUGAGCACCGGACAGCAAGGAAAGAGGAGAGAACGGAGGGAGGAGACGGCUUUUACUCCCCAACAACAAAACCAAAGCAUGCGAGCAAGGACUCCCCCCAGAACAGAUGAGAUUUUGUCUUUUUCAGAAACUUCUUGAACCUCGUGCUUUCAUUUAAACUCAUCCAAACUUCAGAGUUUCUGUGGAUUUCGCGGAUGCGUCGAGCGCGCAGGAACCAUCCAGGGGUGUAGCCGCCGUGCGUCUUUACGCUGCUUGAUGCGCUUUGGAUGACCGAGUGAUUGUGUGAGCGCGUGAGUAACAAAGAGAGGAGGAGGAGGAUCAGCCGGAGCAGUCAGGAGGAUGCUGGAGGGCAAUGCCUGCAGAAAGAGAGGAUGAGAUUUGUCGAAAGGCGCUGGAGCUGCUCUCCGACCUGUGCUCCAAGGGGGAGGUGCAGGACGACAACUGCCUGGAUUUCAUCUACUACUUCAGGGACCUGGCCAGACCGCGCUACACCGACUCAGAUGUGUCGGUGAGCCUGUUGUCCCUGCUGGUCACCACUUGUGGUCUGGCGCUUUUCAGCGUCUCCCUUUUCGUCUCAUGGAAGUUGUGCUGGGUGCCACUGAGUGGUCGCUUCCUCCCAGAUGUCCUCAAAGGGGCGCACUUCUUGGGAGGCGACCAACAACCAGUCCUCACAGAGGUGGAUGGAGAGGAAAGGGAGUACAGUGAGGAUGGCUGUGUAAAGGAGCCUCCGGGUCCCCCGUUGGCUGUGGCUGUUCCAGAAUCAGCCCUAAAGAUCAGCCACACAUCGCCCGACAUCCCACUGGAGACCCAGACUAAGGUGGAGAGAAACCAGGUUCACACUCUGGCCAGGGACAGGGUUCAGAGGCAGAUUACUGAGCCUACAUCGUCUGUACGGCACAACUCCAUUCGUCGUCAGAUGAACUUGUCCAAUCCUGACUUCAACCCUGCUCAGUUCCAGCGUCAGGACUCCCUUUCAGGUUUGGGUCGAAUCAAACCAGAACUGUACAAGCAGCGGUCGGUGGAUGCGGAGGACGGCCGUCGGACCAACAGCUGUGGGCGCCUUUACUUCAUCUUAAAAUUUGACUUUGAUCUGGAGCAGCUGAUCGUGAAGAUCCACAAGGCCCUGGACCUGCCCGCCAAGGACUUCUCAGGGACCUCCGAUCCUUACGUCAAGAUCUACCUGCUGCCUGACCGCAAAAACAAGCACCAGACCAAGGUGCACCGCAAAACUCUCAACCCCGUGUUUGAUGAGGUGUUUCUUUUCCCCGUGGCAUACUCGGAGCUGUCGAACCGUAAAUUGCACUUCAGCGUCUAUGACUUUGACAGGUUCUCUCGCCAUGAUUUGAUAGGCCAAGUGGUGGUGGACAACUUCUUGGAUCUGGCUGACUUUCCGCGGGAGACGAAGCUGUGCCGGGACAUACAAUAUGUCACCUCGGACAACGUGGAUCUUGGAGAGCUGAUGUUCUCGUUGUGUUAUCUCCCCACCGCUGGCAGACUCACCAUCACCAUAAUCAAAGCAAGAAACCUCAAAGCCAUGGACAUCACCGGAGCCUCAGAUCCAUACGUGAAAGUGUCCCUUAUGUGCGAUGGGAGGAGGCUCAAGAAGAGAAAGACUUCGACCAAGCGGAACACGCUGAACCCGGUGUACAAUGAGGCCAUCGUGUUUGAUGUUCCCCCUGAGAACAUCGAUCAAAUCAGCCUGCUCAUCGCAGUCAUGGAUUAUGAUCUGGUCGGACACAACGAGGUGAUAGGUGUCUGUCGGGUCGGCAGCGAGGCUGAAAGUCUGGGGCGAGACCACUGGAACGAGAUGCUGACGUACCCCCGGAAACCCAUCGCUCACUGGCACCCCCUCAUAGAGUGGGUUGGACAGGGAGCGACAGUGACCGGAAGCCAAGGAGGAUCCACCAACUCCCUGAAGGCACCUUCAUCACCAUGACAGUCACACACAGACGAGCAGCCUCCGGGUGGUGAAACGUUGGACGAUGCCACUAACCACUCUAACAGUAGCUAUAGGUCCUUACUAAAACUGACUUGUCAUUAGAUUAAAGUAAGUUUUAGAGACGCUUGAGAAGACUAACCCCCACCCUUCUAUGUCCCUUUGUGUCUUCACAACUAAAAUCUAAGUAACAUUCCAACUGAACCACCACUA